CCGGCAGAGCGAGAGGAGCCUGAGAGGUAAAGGCGAAGCGGUGGGAGCUGGAACAGCAGCAACUGCUGCUCCCACCUUGCAGCUCCUGCCCGGGGACUGCCUCGGCUGCCAGCACGACUUUCCACAAGCGGUUGGUGCCUCGGGUUUUAAAGUCCUAGAAGGUCAGCGGUGCUUCCAGGAACCAAACGGAGCUGCUUUAUUUACAGCUUUCCCUGCAGAGAACAUCUGUUUGAAGACUCCACUGCGUUGCCCGGACUGAAAGAGCCUACUUGUCUCCUGCUGCCUGCACUCUCCUGCCCGUGGGGGCUGUGCCCCUAUGGAUGCACCAGUACAGAUUUUCCGUGAGGAGUCAGACUCCACCUGCUCCCCAGGGCCCUGUCGUCCCCCCAGCACCAGCAGCAGCUGGUUACUGGGCUGGGCAGACUAUGACAGCAACAGUACUGGGGCCUUUGAGGACAGCCAGCACAACCACACCAGCAUCUCCCCUGCCAUCCCCAUCAUCAUCACUGCUGUCUACUCAGUGGUCUUCGUUGUUGGCUUGGUGGGAAACUCUCUGGUGAUGUUUGUCAUCAUAAGGUACACAAAGAUGAAGACAGCAACCAACAUCUACAUUUUCAAUCUGGCCAUGGCAGAUGCGCUGGUGACCACCACGAUGCCUUUCCAAAGCACAGAGUACCUGAUGAACUCCUGGCCCUUUGGGGAUGUGCUGUGCAAAAUAGUCAUUUCAAUUGACUAUUACAACAUGUUCACCAGCAUAUUCACACUGACCAUGAUGAGUGUUGAUCGAUACAUCGCUGUGUGCCACCCUGUGAAGGCUCUGGAUUUCCGUACGCCCCUCAAGGCGAAGAUAAUCAACAUCUGCAUCUGGCUGUUGUCCUCAUCUGUUGGUAUAUCUGCCAUAGUUCUUGGGGGUACCAAAGUCAGGGAAGAUACUGCCAGCACUGAAUGCUCCUUGCAGUUUCCCGACAGAGACUAUGUGUGGUGGGACAUCUUCAUGAAAAUCUGUGUCUUUGUCUUUGCCUUUGUUAUUCCAGUUCUCAUCAUAAUUGUUUGCUACACUCUGAUGAUCCUGCGCCUUAAAAGCGUGAGGCUCCUCUCGGGGUCGCGAGAAAAAGACCGAAACCUGCGCCGCAUCACCAGGCUGGUGCUUGUGGUCGUGGCAGUGUUCAUUAUCUGUUGGACUCCUAUCCAUAUUUUUGUGCUGGUUGAAGCCUUAGGUGAUGUGCCCCACAGUACUGCUGCUAUCUCCAGCUAUUACUUCUGUAUUGCUUUGGGUUACACCAACAGCAGCCUCAAUCCAAUCCUUUAUGCUUUUCUGGAUGAAAACUUCAAGAGGUGCUUCAAGGAUUUCUGCUUCCCCUUUAAGAUGAGAAUGGACAGGCAGAGCACCAGCAGGGUCAGAAACACUGUGCAAGACCCAGCUUACAUGAGGGAAGCAGAUGGGACAAACAAACCUGUAUGACUAGUCGUGGAAAUGUCAUCUUACUGUCCUCAAGAGAGAGAAGAGUCCAACGACUUAGGACUGACACAGAUUACCACUGCAGUUUGAACCAGACUCCCCUGAACAGAUGUUUCUGGAAGGGUUCAGAAAUCCUAGUAAAUGAAACUAAAGCAAGCAUAUUAUCAUCAAGUGAGAACCUCCUGAAAAUAAACUCAAAUGAAAAGGACCAGGCUGGUGGUCAGCUCUUGGCCCCAUGUUUGCUGUGGUUGAGCAGGUACUGAUCCAUGCUUUGGGGAGACAGGGGUUUGUGUUGUACAAGCUGAUUCUGGAUAAGGAGAGUUCUGGGGGUUUUUUUCCCUCUACAAUACUUAAAGUUGCACUAAGCAGCAUUUGGUCAUAACACUGAAGUGUGCUAGGAACUUUUACCUCAUCAGUGAUUACUUCUGAACUAUGUAGUCUGACAACCUGACCUGUCGUACUCUUGCAGCGAGGAGCGUUAAGGCAUCUGCAGAAGACUGCCAGAGCUAUAAUCUGUAUUGUCCUCAACCAAUCUCUCUGUAACAUUUGUCUGUGCUGUGGAGAUCCAGUUGAAGCAUGAUCUGCCUACACACCGAAGUGAUUUUAUUGUGUCUGUGUCUGGUAAAAUAUUGGGACUUAAGGAGAACUGUUAGUGUAUUUUCAGCAUGUGUUUAAUCACCUGUGUGCAACGUUUCCUCUGUGUGGUUUUGCAAGAUGGUUGUAGCUAUUGUGAAUAGUAUAAAAUGCAUUUUCAAGGUGUAUUUGGAACAAGAGGCUACAAAACCUCAGUUGACAAAUCUGGGGCAAGCCUGUGCCACAGUCAUUACA